GGCAAAUACCACCGUGAAGUAAGACAACGCAGGGGGGAGAUAUCGGCCUGCAGGAUUUAUAUCUACUGCUCCGUUCCCGCCGAAAUUCUUGGACUUGGAGACAGCCUGAGCUUUCCCUUGUCGACGGUCAGCCUAUAAUAAACCCUCCGUCCCAACCGCUUACCCGCGAAGAUGCUCUAUCACAAGCUGCUGCUCGCAACCUACGCUGCUUCGGCGGCAGGGUAUGCCGUUGACAGUGCUUCUCCCUCACUACACGAGAGAAGGUCCGACAUUCCUGACGGAUGGACAAGACAUGGUGCUCUGGACCGACGAGCAGUGCUUCCAAUGCGCAUCGGCUUGAAGCAACGAAAUCUGGACAUGCUGUCAGUAUGGCUAUCAGAGGUAUCACAUCCGCAAUCCAUGAAGUACGGUCAGCAUUGGUCGGCAAAGGAGGUUGCAGAAGCAUUUGCUCCGAGCGUCGAGACGACCACCGCCGUCAAGUCUUGGCUCACUUCUGCUGGUGUAGCGGCAGACCGCAUCAAGCAAUCGCAAAGCUUGGCCUGGCUCGAAUUCAAUGCCACAGCUGAUGAGGCCGAACAGCUGCUGAAUACGAAAUAUUAUGUUUAUGAGCAUGAGAGUGGGCAGCCGCAUGUGGCCUGCACAGAGUACAGCAUCCCAUCUUCUCUCAAAGAACAUAUCGAUAUGGUCUACCCCACUGUCCACUUUGAUGUCAAGCCUCGACCUCAAUCGCGCCAUGCUACAGCAGUAAAUGCAGACAUUUCGAAGCGUGAGAACACCCCUGGCGUGUACAAGGGCCUCGGUGCACCUGGGUCCGCAUCUCUCCCAAAAGGGGGCUACCGCAUCAGCAGCCACCACAAGAGCACGUCUGACCUCUCAACGUGCGACGAGUUCAUCACUCCAAACUGCCUGCGUGCAUUGUACCAAUUCCCUGUCAAUCGCAAGGCUGCUCCUGGAAAUAGCUAUGGUAUCGUCGAAUACACGCCACAAGCAUACGUGCCCUCUGACCUGGACUUGUUUUUUGCGAACUUCAGCCCUAAGGCCGUCGGCGUCCGACCUAUACUGAACAGCAUUGAUGGUGGUGUGGUCCAGCAGACAAAUAUGAGCUUCGGCUUCAACGGCGAAAGCGACCUCGAUCUAGAGUACGCGAUCUCACUGGUAUUCCCACAGAAGGUAACCCUUUACCAAGUUGGGGACCUUGUGGAAGGUGCUUCUUUCAACAAUUUUCUCGAUGCUAUCGACGGGUCUUACUGUACAUACGAAGGUGGGGAUGAUCCUACCCAAGACGGCAUUUAUCCCGAUGUUAUGCCAAUGGGGUAUAAAGGCCCCCAGAACUGCGGUGGCUUCGCGGCGACUAAGGUGAUCUCGACCUCGUACGGAUAUAACGAGCACGACCUCACCCCCUUCUACGAGACACGCCAAUGUAACGAAUACGCCAAGCUUGGUAUGAUGGGCAUCAGCGUCCUGUAUAGCUCCGGGGACUAUGGUGUAGCCGGAAACGGUGGUCAAUGUAUCAACGGCCCGGGUAUCAACGCAACAUACAACAACGGUACUAGCGGACGCUUCAAUCCUGGAUUCCCUGGAACAUGUCCAUACAUUACGAGCGUCGGCGCUACGCAGGUCAAGCCGAAUGCCUCCAUCACAACCGACUUGGCAGCAGGUGUUCAACCUGAGGAGGCGUGUGAGACUGUCAUAUAUUCUGGUGGAGGCUUCUCCAACGUCUUUCCCCUUCCGGACUAUCAGGCUGACGCGGUUCACGGAUGGUUUGCUAAUUAUCCACCUCCUUAUGGUGCGGACCGAUUCAACAACAGCCAGCAAACGCGCGCCUUCCCAGAUAUCAGCGCAAAUGGUGCCAACUAUGUAAUCGCGAUCGAUGGCGACUUCUCUCUUAUAUACGGAACCUCGGCUAGCUCACCGACUCUCGGCUCCAUCCUCACUCUUAUCAACCAGGAGCGCCUAAAGUUCGGAAAGAGUAGCAUUGGUUUCAUCAAUCCUGUCGCUUAUGCCAAUCCAGAGGUAUUCAAUGACAUAACUGAAGGCACCAACCAGGGGUGUGGUACCCAGGGCUUCUCAGCUACACCAGGCUGGGAUCCAGUGACCGGGUUGGGUACACCGAACUACCCUCGAAUGCUGAAACUUUGGUUGUCUCUAGAUUAGAAUGUUGCUCCGGAGAGGGACUUCGAGACGGUGUAUGCACUCGAGCAGUGUUCGACGUACCAGCCACAAAUUUAGAUCUUAGACAUCCUUUUAGAUGUUAACUAGUUUUAAGGCCUUAGGUAUAUCGUAUUCUUAAUUAGUAUAAUUAGGUUUUAAUUAUAAUUAUAAGUUAUAAAUAA